UCAUAUUGUUUGCCAUCCCAUUCCUUAUUGAGUAUCAUAAAGUCUUCAAUCAUAGAGAGUGUCACUGUAAAUGAUCUUUCUGUAAAAACAUCUACCAACAUUCCAGCUCUACAUGUUAGAGGGGUGAUGUUCCAUUGAUUAGGUAGACCUGCAUCCGAUGUGAAAGAUGUACCGGAGUUUUUACCCGAGAGAUAAAUGCUUUCAUCUUCUUAGUGUGCUCAAUUGCUGCUUGACCUUGUUAUUUGCUCUAACAGCGCUGAUCAUUUGGGAAGACAUAUCUUGAGACUGAGGGUAGGAAUCAAUAUCCUGUCAGCCGGUGCAAGUUCAUGGUUGAAUGAUGGACAAAAUAAGUAUAUCCUCAAAUUACGUGCUUAAUUUCUGCUCAGACCUUGAUGCUUGUGCAGCUGGCGAUGUAUAGUUCAAUGAGAAUCUUCCUGACAGGACACUUGAUUAAUUUCUGUUCCAACUUUAUUAAUCAUGUUAAUUAGGUUACAUAUUGGCUCUGCUCUGUCUACAUGAUAGGAAUACAUCUUUAUCUGGAUAUACAUGGAGCUUCAUCCUAUUUGACCAAUGAUAAUACUCUCUAGUCUUCAGUGGAUUGUCAUUUGGCAAGAGUGCUCCUUUCUGUAAAACUGCUCUGUGAUGCAUAAGUUUUUUUUUAAAUUGUCUAUUGAGGGAUUUGAUCUAACGCAAAGACAAGACCAUGGAUUUACAUGUAUUUUGAUUUUGUGAUCAUUUUGGAUUUUGUUCAGUAUACUCUUUCAUUGUGUGGGUGCUGUAAUUGUUGGCAAUAACAAGAAUAGAUGUACUCUUCAGUUACUACAAUUCUCUUGAAGAUAUUUUUGCAGUGUUGAUGAAAUAGACUCUGAUAAUCAAAGGAAUAGUUUCUGAGGAGUAUUAUUGAAUGAUGGGUGUGCCUGUAGAAUCCAGUUCCCCACCCUCCAAUCAAAACCAUAGGAAGAAAAUGAUGGACAUAGGAGGAUACAUGAUCAUGCUGGCUGAAAUGAAGAACAAAAAGAUCAAACUCUAUGGUUCCCCAGCUGAUCGAGCAGAUCUUGAAAUUGGAGAUGAAAUCUUAGAGGUCAAUGGAAGGUCAUUAGAAAAUGCAACCCAUGAAGAGGUCAUUGCACAUAUUCAUCAGUGUGUAAAAUCAAGAACAAUAAAUCUGCGAGUUAAAAGGAGGACCAUUAGAGAUGGAGGUAUUGAUGAUCUAGAGAAAAAGCGAUUACAGCAAGCUUAUGUGAUUGCAGUUGAGCAACAGACAAGGGAUAAGAUUGCCCAGAUUGCUGCUGAUAAUAAUGUGGAGCCUGUAGAUCUUACAACUCUCAACAACUCAAAUCAUCCAGUAGACUUCAACAAUACUCAUGUAGAACUCCAUACUCAUAGCAAUGGAUACGAUGAACCCGAGAACAGUGAAUCUCAUGUUGAACCUCCACUAACGGCAACCUCUGCCAAGGCAUCCAAGGAUGGCAACAGCCAUGACCAGUUGAAUCAACUGUUUGGUGAAGACUUUCAGGCAGUGAACAAACCGGAAGGGCACGACAACCUAGCCUUCAGCUUAGAAUUCCAAUCAGAUAUUAGUGUCCCUGAGACAGAAUCUCCACAUCAUGAAACAUCUCCUCCUGUCCAGGAACCUUUAGUCCAACCAAAAGUGCUCAACGGUGAGGAAUCGCCCCCUGUGGACCUUGCUAACCUUGAUGUCCAAUCUAAUGUACAAAGUGCCUCAUUGCCAACUAACAGAACUUGGCAAAAGAACACAAUGCCAGAACCAAGUGUGGCUGUCCAUGUCGGAUCACGCCCCCAACGUGAGAUGGGGGUGGACUGUCCAGCAGAUUUUGUGGCAGCAAGUGGUAUGAAAGAUCCACCUGUUCAAUCAACAGCCAGUGUAAAAGUUAAUGGACAUACUUUGACCAAUGGCACAGACUUGAUCCCAAACUCCAAACAGAACAAUAACCUGAGUUAUAAGCAAACAGGAACAAGCAAAUAUGGUGUUACAAUACAGCAGAACUCCAGUCAGAAUAACAGCCAGGGCAGCAUUUCAUUAGAGCCAGUCAGUGAUAAUCCACUUUUUGAAGAUGCAGGCACUUCCAGACAGUACUCUACACCAGGGCAGCCUCCUCCAAAAAAGAUAUUGAACCUCCAAGAUCUCUUUGCUACUCUAGCCAUUGCACAGAGUAAGCUUGGUAGUCCUCAGGAUAGGGAGGAUUUAAACUUCAUACAACAGUUCUUCCACAACUCAGAUGUACAGCAUGCAGUUGGUAUCCAACAUACAGUAGGAGAAUUACAAUUAUCAAAGUCACCCCCUCUGCCAGUUGCAGCCAACAGUGAAACACUAGCGGUAGAGAUUGCAUACAGUGCAAGAGGUUCUAAAGGAGAAGCCGAUGAGCUCAGGAGAUUGCUUUCCAAUCCUCUUCUAAGGGGUCUUUUGCGAGCACAUGACAAUGUAGCCAACCCUGACCCUGGUGAAUUACCUAAUGAUGUAUAUCAUGAUAUUGAGCUACCUGAUGAUGUUGAAGAUUCAGUUAAGAUUGUCAGGAUUGAGAAGACGGGUGAACCAUUGGGUGCAACAAUCCUGAAUGAGAAUGAAUCUAUCAUUAUUGGUCGUAUCAUCAAAGGUGGAAUGGCAGAGAAGAGCGGUCUACUACAUGAAGGAGAUGAGAUCUUACAAAUCAAUAAUGAGAUCGUCACUGGCAAAUCAGUUAAUGAACUAUCAGACCUCAUGGCGAAUCAAACUGGUACCAUGACAUUCCUUAUAGUGCCAUCACAAGCCGAUGUAGACCAUCCACCAACUGCUAAUACUGUACUGAUGCACAUGAGAGCCAACUUUGACUAUGAUCCUGAGGAUGAUAUGUACAUUCCAUGUCGUGAGCUUGGUUUAUCAUUCAUCAAAGGUGAUAUCUUACACAUUAUUAAUGCUGAUGAUUCUAACUGGUGGCAAGCAUUCAGAGAAGGUGAUGAAGACCAAUCAUUGGCUGGCCUUGUACCAAGCAAAGCUUUCCAAAAUCAACGAGAAGCAAUGAAGGAACCAUCAAAUGAUGAUGAAGAUCAAAAACCACAAAAAGCAUCUCUCCUUUGUAGCUGUAGAGGGAAAAAUAACAAGAAAAAGAAAAAGAAGAAAAAUAUGUACAACGACCGAAACGAUAUUGAUGAGCCACUAACGUAUGAGGAGGUAGGUAUGUAUCAACCUGAACCUCAUAGAAAGAGACCCAUUGUACUGAUUGGACCUCCACAUGUUGGAAGACAAGAACUCAAACAAAGAUUAUUGGAAUCAGAUAGAAGAUUCAAGGCAGCUGUACCUCAUACUACAAGAGUGAUGAAAGAGCAUGAAAUCAACGGUGUUGACUACCACUUCAUCAGUAAAACACGUUUUGAACAGGAUGUUGCAGCUAAUAAGUUUGUAGAGUAUGGAGAUUAUGAAGGAAACCUCUAUGGUACAUCAUUGGAUUCUAUUCAAGCUGUUAUCGACGAGUCUAAGAUCUGUCUUCUAAAUCUUCAUGCUCAGGCACUUAAGAUCCUGAAGAAGUCUUGUUUGAAGCCUUAUUUCAUCUUCAUCUGUCCACCUUCCAUUGAUAGAUUGAGACAGCAGAGAACAGAAGCAGGUCAACUUCUUAAGGAGCAAGAACUGAGAGAAAUCAUUGACACUGGACGAGGGAUGGAAGAUAUGUAUGGACAUUAUUUUGAUCAUGUGAUCAUACAUCACGAUCAUGACCGUGCCUAUAAUGAUUUGAUCUCUGAAAUAGACAGGAUACAAAUACAACCUCAGUGGGUACCACUUCACUGGUUAAGCUAAUCAUCUGCCUUCAAUUCAGUCUGGACAAUGACAAACUUCCUCAAAGUCUUCAAAUCACUGAAGGAAAGCUCCUCUUCUCCAGUAUUGCACAAGAUUUGAAAAAGGAUGAUACUUCGAUCGCAGAUAUUUUAACAUUAUUUUAUUGUUUAGUUUGGGUAAUAUCAGAAUAACCACUUAUGAAGCCAUUUUAUUUUUGUUGUGAUAUGAGUUGUAACACCAUGUUGUCUGCCUUAGAAUGCUUCAGGCAUGUCAAAGAUAAGAGUGCAUUCCUUGAAUGAAUAUCAAUCAUAAACUAAUACCACAGCUUCAGGUGUAUUGUAUUGCCAUACUGCUUGAGAAAUUUUCUGUAUCUUGCUAUCUCGAGAUAGCAAGGUAUGAUAGGAGACAGAUUAAAUUGGAUUUACCUGAUGAGUUUUGAUUGGACAUCUUUAUAAUGCAGUUGGUAUUGUCACUAUGUCCAAUAUACAAUUUCUAUAAAAAUAGCUUAUUUGUUGAGCUGCAUGUAAUGCACUUCUGGAGUAUUUCAUUAACUGCUGUAAGAGGUGUGUUUUCAUGUUCAAUGAAACCACAGCACAACUAUAAGCCCAAGCCCUUUGGUGUGGCAACUGAAAGUCUAAAUACACUUGAUUCUUUAAUAUGCCUACUCUAGAUCUACUAUGAAAUGACAUCUUACUUUGUCAUUUUCCUCCUGGGUCAAAAGCUAUGAGAAUUCCUGAUUUGUCUUCAAUAAACUGCUAUUUUUUAUUCACUCUUGCAUAAAGCAACUUCUUACAAAUACACUAAUGUAUAAUGAGAUUUUUCAAAAAAAAUUGAUCAGACAGUUUUGUAGAUUAUGCCAUGAGUAACAUGCAUGCGUAUUUUCAUCUUGAUCAUGCAGUCAACAGCUGAGUUCAUGGGGGGGGGGGCUGAAUCAUUCAGCCUCCCACCCAGAGUCCUUUAAGGCAUCAAAUUAGCCCAGUCUUUUUAGGGUUAAGUAAGUAGAACAUGGAAAAUAGAAAACUUUACUAGGUUACCUCAACAUGAUGUUUUAACUACAAGAAUCUCAAAGAUUUUCAUUAAUUGUGGUUUCAUUCUUCAAUGUUGAUUAUAUUCUUAAAUGAAAUAUCAUAAAACAAGGGUCUUGACCUUGAAAUCAGAAGUAAUAUGACUAACUCUCAAGCCUACCUGUCCCUGAUUAUAUUCUCAAUUAAAUUUGACCUGAUUUAAGAAGCAAGUCCGGACUGUAUUAUUAAGAAUGCCUGGCUGGUCAGCCCGGGUCAGCGAAGCAGAGUUCACAAGUUAGCACAGAGCUCUACGACAUGCAAUCCUGUAUCAUCUAUCAUACAGCACAAAUUAUGAAAUGUCAACAUCCUUAACAUAAUGACCCAAUAUAACUUUGACAAGGUCAAAUAUCUAAGUUAAUAGAUGCCAUUCAUAAACAUGGCUUGUUCUGCAAAUUGCUUAUAGAUCCAGUAACCAAAUUAAAUUGUUACUCUGUUUCAUGUCGGCUCCUAUGCAAAUGUG